AUGAUUGUGAACUACAGUAAGCCAGAGAUCCUAGCAACAUGAUUUGAGUCAAGCAUUAACCAAAGAAAAGAUUUGCUUACAUACAGAGAUGAAAAUCUUAUAACACUAAUAAACUAUGUGAAUACGAGUUUAAUGCUGACAUCGGCUGAUCAAAUCAAGGACGAUUAUGAGCUACUAGGACUUAUUGAUACUUAUUGAAGUGACCCUGCUUAUAUGCAAGUAAGGCCUAGUGCAAUUAAAGGCAACAAAUUAACAAACCUUAUCAGUGAAAAAUACCCGGAAUUUUUGGUAGGCGAAAAGGUAUUUUAUAAUGAUGAAGGAAGUGUAGUCAAGAUAUUUCAAGGAGAAAUAAAAUCUUGAAAGCAUUUUCAGCUGAGCAUUUGUAUGCUGCUUGAGCAAUCAUUUUUGAAAUGCCAUUAUACUAAAUUAACAAAUCAAGCAGAAAAAAUUGCGCAAAAACUUCUUUGCCAUGAGAAAGUUCCAAUUAAAAAGAAAAAGGAUAAAUUUCCCCUUGUGUAUAAAAAAUAUUUUUAAUAUAAUAAAAAGUAAAAAUGGAUUAGGUUAGGUUAAGGUUAUUAAAGUCAGGCGUUAGCCGUAUUGGUGGCGCAGUCACCAAAGACCUCCUGGACGGGAGGUUUUUACCGCUUUUCGACUCCAGCCCAGAAGUUCUAUACCCCAAUAGUGGGUGCAACUUCCGAUAGUUCUGUCUCCUCCUUGCCUUCUGGCUUCAGUCUUGAGUGGGCGGCUUAUUAUUUUCUACAUCCCUGACACGGGCGAUUAGAGUAGCUUGAUUCCAAGGAUAAACUCCAUGGAGUCUGCCGAUGCCGAAAUACCUUCCUUCAAUAGCUGCAGGAAAAAGACUACUCCCCUGCGGCCUGGGCCGAAAUCCCGCUUUUCGGUAGAGGAAUGCCCAUAGAUCUUCGGCCCCAAAAGGACAUUGUUGAGCACCUCCAUUUCCAACCACAGGAAAGGAGUCAAAUUUGUCAUGAUGCACAUCUCUCUUGAGCUUGCAAUUGAUUCUUGACUCGGAGUCCAUCCCGGUUGCCAUAGCAAUAAGGUUUGGACUGUUAGGCCUAGAGGGCAGACUGACAAGUGUCACCAUUUUUUAAUGUAUAAAAUAAAAAUGGAAAUUUGGAUUUUUUUAAAAUAAAGAAUAGAAGGGGUUAAGGUUGAAAUUGAAAAUCCACCAAUAAUAUAUGACGCCUGUAAUGAGGGCUUUAGCCAUUUACCCUUUUCACUAUCAUAAUAGCCUAUUUUUUUAACAAUUUUUUUAUAUAUAUUUAUCAAAUUUUACAAGAAAUGAAUAUAUAACUAUUUUUAAUGGGGGCCUGUAAUGUGAGAAAACAGUCAGUUGAAAAAGAAACUCUAAAAAAUUUAAAUUGUGAAGAAAUUGCUUUAAGUGAAAAAUCCAUUAGUCUCACAAAUGACACAUCGCAAGAAUCAACAGACAGUUGUAAUGAAGUUCAAAACAUAAUUAAUUCGCUUCAAAAUCUAACUGUAGAACCCGAGGUAAAUGUUCAGGUUGAGACAGAAGACUACUCGUCAUAUGACAUGAAAAAUUUAAUUUUUGAAGUUUUUAGUGAUAUUUCUACACAAGCUGACACUGACAUUGAAAAAGACAUAUUUGAAACCCUUAUUUUUAAUGAAAACAGUCUAGGAGGAAGGUCAUACAAGCUCAGGAAAAUUUAUUCCUCUAAAGCAAUUGUAUGAGAUGAAGAAAUGAAGCAGAUCCUUACUCCUUUGUUUUGAAGGUAUAAUCGUAAUAUUCGCGAUUUAAUAUUAGAUUAUGCUGCUAAUUAAUUUUGUAAAUAAUUAAAAAUGCAAAAAUUAAUUGAAAGAAUUAGCAAUUCUUAUAAUGAAAUAGAAGUUAUGAACGAUCCUUAUACAUCUUUUAACGAAUAUUCAAUUGUGAGAGACUACUAUCAAAAUAUACGAUACCCCUACCUGAAUAUGCCUCAAAAAUUUUAUAAUUUUAAUCAAUUUAGCUAA